AACCUUAAAUACGUUUCAAUCUAUCAUCACAUCCUCCUCCUCUUACUCCCAUUUUCCUGCAAUACAUAUAUUUCAUCUUCUCUUUCAACAACAAGCUUCAACAACAAAAUUAACCGCAAUACACUAACACUAAUCAAUAAUUAAAGUGAUUAAUUCAACAUGUUGCACUGUUUGAAUGCUUCCGGGAAUUUACCUACUGAGAGUUGUUCAUCCGACAUAACAGUGCUGGAAAGACAAACCGAAAGAAUGAAGUGGCAACAACAUCAACAACAAGAUCAAGGUUACUUCAAUGGUUCCAUGUUUCGUUCUUCUGUUCAACAAGUUCAGAAAUCUCAAGAUUUAGUGGCUCUUCAAAUUCCACCUGCAAUUUCAAGAACUUUUAGUUCUCCACCUGUUCUCGUCGAUGCUAAAUUCAUUGAUUCUAGGACCGAGAAAGAGAAUUGUUCUAAGAAGAGGAAAUCGGAAAAGGCACAUCAUAAUCAUAAGCUCAAGGUUGUUGGUGAAAUUGAGAACAAAGAAAAGAGGAUUAAACUAGGUGCUGAAGACGGUGAAUCGAAAAUCACAGGGUACCAUAGCACAAAAAAGAAUACAAAUAGCAACAAGAACAACAAGGAAAACUGUGCAGCAGCAGAAGGUACUUCAAACUCAAAGGGAAAUUCAAAAGCUUCUGAAAAUCAAAAGCUUGACUACAUUCAUGUUCGAGCACGUCGCGGCCAAGCCACUGAUAGUCAUAGCUUAGCCGAAAGAGUUAGAAGGGAAAAGAUUAGUGAAAGAAUGAAGUAUUUGCAAGAUUUAGUACCAGGAUGCAACAAAAUUACAGGAAAAGCUGGAAUGCUUGAUGAAAUUAUCAAUUAUGUUCAGUCUCUUCAAAGACAAGUUGAGUUUUUGUCAAUGAAAUUAGCUACUGUGAAUCCAAGGCUUGAUUUCAACAUUGAUGAUUUGUUUGAAAAAGAGGUGUUUCCAACUUGUGAUGCAAAUGCAACUUUUCAAGCCUUGGGAAUUUCAUCAGAAAUGAAUAAUACCAAUCCAUAUCUUCAGUUCAAUUCACCACAUCAAUUUGUUUCUUAUGGUGGAUUAGAGGCUGGAAUGAACCCUAUAGAUAUGGGGCUAAAGAGGAGCAUAAGCGCCCCUGUACCCAUUCCUGAGACUUUUAUUGAUUCUUCUUCUUUCCCUCAAAUUCUACCUCCUACAACAUGGGAAGGUGAUUUCCCUAACCUAUACAACAUGAAUUUUGAUCAAACAAGAGCGACAUCUUUUCCUUCUCAACCUCAGUUUUUCACAGGUCUAGUUGAAGCUAGCAAUCUAAAAAUCGAGAUGCAGUAGACCACAGAAUCUAAGGCCGUAUUCAUUGGAUUAAUUAGCUUAAUUACUCCAAAUGCCUCUUAUCAAGAUUCUUUUUUUUUUCUCUUCAAAGUACAUAGCCUAUAUAUGUUAAGUGUCAGAAUACUACUCCAUAAUAUGAAUAAAUAUCAUAUUAAUUAAUACA